UUUCUUCAGAAAUAAAUCCCAUCGAGUUCAAUGGUUUUUCCUAUUGAGGAGGGAGACUCGAGCAUUCAUAUGUGCAGCCAGAUUUUAUGCAUGGUUACUCGGAAGCAAGUGCCAAUGCGUUCAAUAGGAGAUUGCAUCCGUGAACCGAUGCAGCUUUACUCGGAAGAAAGCCCCAUCGAGUUUCAGAAGAGUUGCAGUCUCUAAACCACAUUCAUUGUAGUUGGCUUUAUAUUUUACAGCAAACGGUGCCAGGAGCCAGCUGUUUUUAAAGAACGGUAAUUCACCCCCUUGUUUCCCACAGAAACUUUUUUUUGGUUGCUUUCUCGUUAAGUCUGCUUGGCUCCACCCAGAUCUGAGAUAUGAUAGGGCUUGUCAGAAAGAAGGAAGUCUUUCCAGAGCCUCGUGUGCUUUCAGCUGCGAGUUAUCUUCUCUCCUGCAUCCCCGCUGUAAUGAGGCAUUGAAAAGGCAAUAAUACUGAAGUACAUAAGUAAUUCAGUGGAGCAGUGUAUGUGAAAGUAUGUCUGUGAAUAUCUGAUGCACAUUCAUGGGAAAAUGGAACCUUGUGGAAUUGGUCUUAUUGUCUGGGUGCUUGCCUCCUUUUCUGGUCAGACAGCUAGUUAUCCCAAUGGAAAAGUACAAGAGGUCUGUGACAGCAUGAUACCCGUCCAUGGAUAUUCUUCACAGUUAUUUCCAAAGCACAUCAUUGAAGUGAACGCGACACAAUUCAAACCUGGGGAUCAUGUGAAAGUGAGCUUGUCAGGGCCUGCAUUUGAAGGUUUCUUUCUGCAAGCUCGUAGUGCCAAGAACCUGAGAAGCCCUGCCAUUGGCUCUUUUGGGCUAACUGACAAAACAAAAUCUCAGCUCCUCACCUGUGGACGUGUGAAGAAUUCAGCUGUUAGUCAUACAAGUAAAUCUAAGAAAACCCAUAUAGAUGCCUACUGGAUUGCUCCUAGAGAUGCACCAGAAACAGUGCAGUUUCUAGUCACAGUUGUAGAAAAAUAUAAAACUUUCUGGGUAAAAAUCCCUGGUCCUGUAAUUUCCCAGUUUCAUGUACCUGUCUGGACAACAACAUUUACUUAUGAGUCUAUUCCAACAUCUCAACCAAUUUCCCAUUUAACAAAACCAUUCAAUGCUUCAGACUGUGGCAUUACCAAGUUCUGUGUGAGAAACCCUUCAGACUGUGAUCCUAAAACCAAAGAUUGCUUCUUCCUGUCCUUCAAGCAAGACAUUAGUGUGAUGCUGGUUGAAAUGAGUGGUCCAAGUGAAGGCUAUAUUGCAUUUGCAUUGUCUCAUGACCAAUGGAUGGGUGGUGGCGAUGAUGCAUAUCUUUGCAUUAGCGACGACCAUCAAGUUGGCAUAAGUGCAGCCACUCUAACUGGGCGUGGUUAUCCAACCUUUGACUCUCAGAAUGCCCUUGAAGAAAUGUCAUGGAGGCUGGCUGAUGGUCUUAUUCAAUGUUCUUUCCAAAGGAAAAUUCAUCUUUCUGCUUUGCAAGGAAGGUUUAAUUUGGAUGCAGACUACUACAUAUUUCUGGCAGAUGGUGACGUUAGUGAAGAUGGUACCAUCCAUAAGCACCACAGACAGCCCCUCAUUACCAACAGGAAAUACAAUGUAACAUACCCACCAGAAGAUAUUGGGGGAUCCCGCUCUCCAUCAAUCAUCAAGGCACAUGGUGCACUGAUGUUUGUUGCAUGGAUGACCACAGUUAACAUUGGUGUCAUUAUUGCUCGAUUCUUCAAGACAGCUUGGUCUCAUUCAUUGUGGUUUGGAGAAGAGAUCUGGUUUCAGGUUCAUCGUAUGCUAAUGAUGACAACCGUUUUACUUACAAGUAUAUCUUUUGUUCUUCCUUUUGUAUACCGUGGAGGUUGGAGUCAGCAAGCCAGCUUCCAUCCCUAUCUUGGUUGUACAGUGAUGGCUUUGGCACUCAUCCAGCCCCUUAUGGCAGCAUUCAGACCACUUCCCCAAGCACCAAGAAGGCAAGUUUUUAACUGGCUACAUUGGAGCACUGGUACAACAGCUAGAAUAUUAGCUGUGGUAACAAUGUUCCUGGGCAUGGAUUUGGCAGCUCUCAAUCUUCCAAAUCCCUGGGACAUCUAUACCAUGAUUGGAUUUGUGGCUUGGCAUGUUGGCGUUGAUGUUCUUCUGGAGAUUCAUGGCUAUUGUCUCAUUCACAGAGUUGAAGUAUUAGAAGAUGACAGGGUACAAAUUUUGCAGUCUCUUACCUCAGUGGAGGCACAGGGCCAUACAUUUAAAAAGACAGUGUUAAUCAUCUAUAUUUGUGGGAAUAUAGCAUUUCUCGUCACCUUCCUGACACGAAUUGGACAAGUAUGACAGCAAGGCCAACUAGAGCGUGAAAGAAUUAUCCAGUGGAGGACUGCCACCUUGAACUUGCACAGCAAACAGACCACACACAAAACUUUCACAUUUCCAUCCAGGAUUUCAAAAACCAUUAUGUGAAUAUAGUCCUCUUUUCCACACAGUGGUCUAAUGGCAAAUCUAAAAAUUUUCUACAAGUGUGUUUUUCUAGCCCUGAUUAGGUUCUGCCUGAAUAUCCAUAGAUGGACAUGUUGUUUCAACAAUCUGUGCUCCCACUAUGUGGCCUCUUCUAGUGGCGCAGGGCUCCAGAAAGAGGAUCUUCACUUGUGACCAAUUGUGUGUUCUUUGUUUCAGGGCCAUUUACUCAAUGAACUGGACUGCGUGUAGUCUACCUCUUGGUUGUUCAGGUUUUAGCCUUGUCAGGUUUAAACUGCAUGUUCCCCAUCGGAAGUCCACAUGCUAUUCACACUCUCUCUUCACUUGCAGCCCUCUCUGUGGUACUGUAGAAGGAUAUGGGAUGCAUUCUUAAUUUUGGCCUGUGCUUUAGGAGAUGAUACAUUGUCCACACAUUUCCACUCCCUCUCUCCCCCAAAUUGGGGUGCAGGUACCUAUUUUGUCAUGAAAGCAGACUUAAAAAAUAAAAGCUUCCAUGAGAAGUUCCUUUUCACUGUAGCUCUGAGAAAGAACAGAGAAGAGUUCAAGAGUGACACUUGCUAUAAAUAUGCCUUUGAUAUGCAGAAAUAAUUACACUUGUAAUAAAUGGCUGUGCACUUUACCAAAGUGAGAGAGAAUAACAUAGAUCGAAACUUUGCAGGUGCUCAAUUAUAAGUCUAUUUUAUUUUUGCAAUUGGAGAACUAAUGUUUUGUAUAGAAUCAAUUGUAUUCGGAUUUCUUAACAAUUUUCAGACUGAAAAGACCAAAGAAUGAUGAGUGUAAUGAAUUCCAAGUGUAAUGGAAACUGAGCAUACACUCAGUUUCCUGAAAUGUCUUCCAUUUCUGUGAUGCUUAGUUGAUCUUCACCAUAAGUUUCUCAAAAGAUAACUGGUGUUACAGUAAAAAUUGUUCCUGUAAAACUUUGCAUUGACUUUGCAAGCUCUACCAGAUUUAGACUAUGGAUUUCUUCAUCUUUUCUUCUGAAGAAAAAAAUGAUAUUGUAUUUAUGUGAGCUGCCUAUGAUGGCUGGCUUGCUUUCAUAGUUCACCCAAUUUUUAUAGCCCAAGUACAUGACCAUUAUUAAUACUGGUUUACUCGUUGUGUUGGAUUCCAGUGUGUCAAAUGUUUUAAAAUUAUGUUAUAACAGUGUGAGUUGUCUAAAUUAAAGCAUUUGUAUAUAA